UCUGCCGCGGCCACCACCGCCCUCCACCUGCGGCUCCGCGGCCACGCGCAGCUCCCGACGCUAUGGACCCGGCUCUGGCCGCGCAGAUAAGCGAGGCGGUGGCCGAGAAGUUGCUGCUGUACCGGCGAGACAAGUCAGGCUGGAAGAUUUGCCGGGAAGGCAACGGAGUUUCCGUUUCCUGGAGGCCAUCUGUGGAGUUUCCAGGGAACCUGUACCGAGGAGAAGGAAUUGUGUGUGGGACCCCAGAGAAGGUGUGGGACUGCGUGAAGCCGGUCACUGGGGGCCUGCGAGAGAAAUGGGAUGAGAAUGUGAGCAGUUUUGAAGUCAUUGAAAACAUCACUGAUACACUGUGCGUAAGCAGAACCUCUACCCCCUCAGCUGCCAUGAAGCUCAUUUCUCCCAGAGAUUUUGUGGACUUGGUGCUCAUCAGAAAAUACGAGGAUGGGACCAUCAGUACCAAUGCUACCAAUGUUGAACAUCCGUUAUGUCCUCCGAAGCCGGGUUACGUGAGAGGAUUUAACCACCCUUGUGGUUGCUUCUGUGAACCUCUUCCAGGGGAGCCCAACAAGACCCAUGUGGUCACCUUCUUCCACACCGACCUCAGUGGUUACCUCCCACAGACAGUGGUGGACUCCUUCUUCCCCCGCAGCAUGGCUGGGUUUUACGUCAACCUUCAGAAAGCAGUGAAGAAAUUCUAAGACUGACACUGUCACUGGUUGGCAAAGAACUUAGCUGACUGAUGGAGGAGCUCCAGGUUGGGACACCAGAGAGCCUGGGAGAACCUGAGGGUCUGUUUUGCUCUUUGGAACAUGCAAUAGCUCCAGGUUGGGACACCAGAGAG